UAUUUCUUUUGAAAUCUGUGCAAAAUGUCCUUUGUUCCAGAGACCUUUAUUAUUUAUGGCUUUUUAUGGAGCUUGGUGGUUUUCCCAGCUUUCGCUUAUAUUUCCAUUAACAACUACGGGGAUUCAGCCUAUCCCCAUCGCUCUGUUCUCGAGGGUCAGACAUUUCGCCUAAAAUCCCUGCACUGCACCACAAUUUUGUGCAUUGGCGAUGGAUAUGGAAUGCUGUUUACGUGUGAUAAAAAGGAACCACCAGAGCACUGUCACUUUACGGAUUAUUUGAAUGCGGAUGCCAAUUAUCCAGAUUGCUGUAACCGCAAACUUAGGUGCGACUGAAAUUUCUAGUUAGACACAUUAGGUCAAUGUGCAUUUUUCGAAAUAUAGAAAGCUUCCAAAAAAGUUAGGAAUAAAUCAAUUUUA